AUGGAGAAGAGCAGCAGGGCGACUUGCAUGCGCCACCCCCCUUCCUCUGCUGCAGUAGGAGAAGCCGCAGCGGCAGCAGACACUGAGUGCAGCCGGAGUUUCCUGAGGAAGCGCUCAGCGUUCAGAACUGCAGCAGCAUUCAGUAGCAGCAGCACACACUCCAGCAGGUGCAAGAGACACAGCGCCAUCCUCACUGCUGUCGCCGCUCCUGGAAAGCCCUUCGUUGCCGUUGCCGUUGUCGCUGCUGCUGCUGCCGGAAAGGCCUCUGUUUCAUCGGCCACUGCAGCUGUUGCCGUUCUUGCAGGUGUCGCUUCUGCUGUCGGAGCUGCUGGCGUUGGUUCAACGGUGGCAGCAGCAGCAGCAGGGGGGUUUGCAGCAACAGCCCCUGGGGCAAAAAUCUCUUUUUGUGCCAAACGUCGUUCGCAGCGACAUCCACAAGGAUACUGCACCGAUUCAACGGCGUUAUCGCUGGCUGCGGAGGCAAUACGAGGUCCGAUCGUGGCGAUAUAUCCUGCAUCCCCGGAGAAAUCAACUGCAGAAACUACAACCGUCCAGCACGCCGAGAAUUUUCGUGUGCGUGUAGUGCAAAUGGCGAGGGGCUCAGGGCAGGCGAUGUAUGACCGCCACAUUACAAUCUUCUCCCCCGAUGGCAACCUUUACCAGGUGGAGUACGCGAUAAAGGCGGUGAAGAACUGCAACUUGACCUCGAUCGCGAUCAAGGGAGAAAAUGCAGCAUGUCUAGUGGUGCAGAGAAAGGUGGGGCAGCAGCAGCUCCAGCAAGACAAACUGCUCGACCGCUCGUACGUUACAUCCGUGUAUUCGCUUUCAAAGGGCAUCGGCAGCAGCCUCAUUGGCAUUCAGGCAGACUGCCGUUCUAUGGCCGUGAGGGCACAGCAAGAAGCUGCAGAGUUCGCCUACAAAUAUGGAUACAGUAUGCCCCCAAGGGCGUUAGCCACAAGGCUGGCCGAUCUCAAUCAAGUUUACACCCAGUUCGCGUACAUGCGACUGCAUGCAUGCACUGGCGUCAUAAUAGCGAUCGACGAAGAGGAUGGACCGCAAGUCUUUAAGUUCGACCCCGCGGGUUUCGUUGCGGGCUAUCGUGCAUGCGCUUCGGGAGCCAAGGAGCAGGAGGCCAACAAUUUGUUGGAAAAACUCCUCAAGAAGAAGAAAACAGAAACACCAGAGCAAGUUAUCCGACUUGCCAUUUCAGCGCUUCAGCAGGUGUUGGCAUCGGACCUGAAGGCUGAGGAUAUUGAAGUGGGAGUGGUAUCUAAGGCAGAACCAGACUUCCGUCGGCUAUCCGAGCAGGAGAUCGAGGCCCACCUCACCGCCAUCGCGGAGCAGGACUAA